AUGGUUGAUGAAAAUGAGAUCAUUUCAGUUGCAGCUCACUUCUUUGACUCAUAUAGUAAGCAAGCUGCAAAGACACUUAAAUUGUCUUUUGCUAUUUCCAUGUGGCAUGCUGUUUCUGCCUGGACAUGGGAUGCCCAAGAUGAAACUUGUGGAAUUUGUAGGAUGGCUUUUGAUGGUUGUUGUCCUGACUGUAAGCUCCCAGGAGAUGAUUGCCCUCUAAUCUGGGGAGCAUGCAACCAUGCAUUCCAUCUUCACUGCAUCUUGAAGUGGGUGAAUUCGCAGACUCCUCAAGCACACUGUCCUAUGUGCCGUAGAGAUUGGCAAUUCAAA